GAUAUGCUCUUAUGAUAGCUCCAGUUUACACUGCUGAGGUUGCUCCAGCCUCUUGUCGUGGAUUUUUCUCUUCUUUCCCUGAAGUUUUCAUCAAUGGAGGUGUGUUACUUGGUUAUGUAUCAAACUAUGCAUUUUCCAAGCUCCCUUUGAAAUUGGGAUGGAGGUUCAUGCUUGGAAUUGGAGUGAUCCCAUCAGUGUUGUUAACCCUUGGUGUCCUUGCCAUGCCUGAAUCACCACGUUGGCUAGUAAUGCAGGGUCGUCUUAGAGAUGCCAAGAGAGUUUUGGACAAAACUUCAGAUACUUUAGAAGAAUCCAAGACGAGAUUAACUGACAUUAAAGAAGCUGCUGGCAUACCACAAGAUUGCCAAGAUGACAUAGUUUCUGUCACACGACGUAGUUCCCACGGAGAAGGUGUAUGGAGAGAGUUAUUCCUCCAUCCUACCCCCACCGUUCGUCAUAUUCUAAUUGCAGCCAUUGGUAUUCAUUUCUUCCAACAAGCAAGUGGUAUAGAUGCUGUGGUGCUCUACAGCCCGAGGAUAUACGAGAAAGCAGGCAUUACUAAAGACAACGACAGACUACUUGCCACUAUAGCAGUAGGAUGUAUGAAGACAUUCUUUAUCUUGGUUGCCACAUUUUUGGUGGACAGGGUUGGAAGAAGAGUAUUGCUUCUAUCAAGUUGUGGUGGUUUGAUUCUCUCUUUGCUAGGCCUGGCUACAGGCUUAACUAUCAUUGAUCACUCAGAUCAUAAGCUAAAGUGGGCAAUAGUCCUUUGUAUAUUUACAACAUUGUCAAGUGUUGCAUUCUUCUCAAUUGGCAUGGGUCCUUUAGCAUGGGUAUACAGUUCAGAGACCUUUCCAUUGAGAUUAAGAGCUCAAGGUUCUAGUAUAGGGGUGGCAGUCAAUAGGGCAAUUAGUGGAGUAAUUUUGAUGACAUUCAUAUCAUUGUACAAGGCUAUAAGUAUUGGAGGGGCUUUUUUCUUGUACGCUGGUGUUGCAAUUGUGGCUUGGAUUUUCUUUUACACAUUGUUACCGGAAACACGAGGCAGAACACUAGAGGAAAUGGAGCCAUUAUUUGGUACUUACUUUAGGUGGAGAUCAACCAUGAAAGAGUUGAAGAGAAAGAGAGUUGAAGGUGACGGUAGUGCUCAAGUUUUGAUGAGAGAUACAUCGCUAGCUCUCUCAUAAUUGAAUGUCCUCUAUACCUGUAUUUAUUACUUCAUAUAUAUAUUACUAGUAAGGAUGUCAGCCUGUAACAUAUACAUCUGAGAUUUUCUUUUUUGUCUUAUGUAUUAUUAUUGAUAAUACUAGAUAAAGCAUACCCGUGAUACGCACGAGUAUAUCCUCGAUGUGGUUUGUUUAUGAAACGUGUGACAUCAUAAUUCUACAUAUAUGAGUGUUUUUUCAACUCA